AUGCUUAGUAUCUUCAAAAAAAACCUCCGGCGACUCUGCUCAAAGUUCCGGUGGCCAAUGCGCCGUCGUUCAAAACCGAAAGUCAUUAUCAAAAGGUUCGGGAAAUUGAAUUCCAGAACUCAAGAUAUAUCAAACACAAAUGGGUCAGCCACAAUUCAUCCAAAUAAUCAUUUGGGGAAAUCAGAAACCCCAAUCCGAAUCGCAACUUUUAAUGCCGCUUUGUUCUCCAUGGCACCAGUAGUUCCAGAGUUGAAUGGAAAAGCUUCUAGCUUUGACUAUGGCGAAGACGAACAAGAUUACAGUAGUAAGCAAUCACCAUUACAUUCAAGUAGCUCCAUGAGCAGUUCAGAAACUGUAUCAAAACAACAUAAAUUCGCAAAAUCAAAGCUAAGAGUUUCAAUCAAUUUACCCGACAACGAGAUCUCACCGAAGCGAAGUAGGCAGUUAAGCUUCGCCAUAGACGAAACGAAAGAAGGCCCGAGUUCAAAAACUAUUAAUUCGAAGGGUAUAAGUAGGAUUUUGAAAGGGAAAGGUGUUUUAAGAUCACAAAUCAGUUUUUCUUCAAAAUAA